AUGGAAGGUUUUGGACUGCCCAUGAGCUUUGGUAAAAAAGCCAAAGCUGCUUCAUCAACGUUCAAAUCAAAAGUGGAAAGCUCCAAAAGAUCUGAACCCGCUCCACCUCCACCCGUAAUAUCUAAAAGUUCUGAGUCACAGGAACCUGGACCCUCAAAACUUCCUGCUGGUCCCGCUAAGCAGGAGGAGGACGAUGACGAUAUUGGACCAUUACCACCCACUACCUCUGAAGUCGGCGCCGGUACAGGAGCGAAGCGAAAAGCUGAUAAAGAGGCAGAUGAAGACGGGAGUGAUGAUGAGAGCGAAUACAGUGACGAGGAAGAGAUAGAUAGAACACCUGUCACCCAUGAGAUAGUACUGAAAGAUCAUACCAAGGUGCUAUCAGCUUUGGCGAUAGAUCCAUCAGGAGCUAGGGUCGCUACUGGGUCACAUGAUUAUGAUACGAAGAUCUGGGAUUUUGGCGGAAUGGAUUCUAGAUUGAGACCAUUCAAGAGUUUUGAAGCGAACGGGAAUUACCAUGUACAUGAUUUAUCUUAUUCUCAUGAUGGACACAAACUACUGGUUAUAUCGGGUACAUUGCAGCCGAAGGUGUAUACGAAAGACGGGGAAGAAGGGGUGGAAUACAACAAGGGAGAUGUCUAUCUACGUGACAUGAAAAAUACAAACGGCCACACAGCAGAAAUAAACGGUGGAUCGUUUCAUCCCACGGAUAAAACCCAAUUCCUGACCUGUUCCAAUGAUUCGACUCUGAGGAUAUGGGACGUUGAGAACAAACGAAAACAAAAGCAGGUGAUAGUGGUCAGAUCGAAAGAAAGAGGUGCGAGAACAAAGGUUACAUCGUGUGCUUGGAGUUGGGAUGGGAAGAUGAUAGCUGGAGCAUGUUUCGAUGGUACAUUGCAUAUAUGGAAUACUUCUUCGAAUUUCGCUAGACCCAAUUAUAGCAACGAAAAUGCCCACACUAAGAAUACUGAAACUACUGGUAUCGCUUUUGCUAGGGAUGGAUUCAGAGUAGUUACGAGGGGUGGUGACGACACUGUCAAAUUAUGGGAUAUAAGAUCAAUACGGAAACCGGUAGCCGUAGCUACAGGUUUAGACAAUCUUUAUCCCGAAACGAAUAUCAUCUUCUCUCCAGAUGAGAGAUCGAUAUUGACUGGUAUAGCAGCACCGAAAGGCCAGAAAGGUGCUUUGGUAUUUCUGAAUUCGGAGGAUCUCAAAGAGGAGAGGAGGAUAACGGUCGGUGACGGAAGUGUGGUCAGAGUAGCGUGGCAUUCACGUAUCAACCAAAUCUUCGCAUCACUAUCAACAGGGGCAUUACAUGUUCUUUACAAUCCUCAUUCUUCGAUUCGAGGUGCUUUACUUCCAUUAUCAAAGAUGCCUAAAACAGCUCCACGAGAUCCUUCGUUCUCUUCAGCCGAUUUGAAACCUGUCAUUUACACUCCAGACGCAUUACCAAUGUUCAAAGAUCAAGGACAUCGUGAAUCAUUGCAUCAAAAAGAAAAGAAAGCCAAGAAGAUGAAACCCAUGGAACCCGUGAGAGGUGCAGGUAGAGGUGGUAGAUUAGGCGCAAGUGAAAUGCAAGGUUUCGUACAAACUUUGUUCCCAUCAGAAUUACAAUUUGAAGAUCCAAGAGAAGCUUUACUCAAAUAUGCUGAAAAGACAGAUAAAGAUGAAGAGGAUGAGUGA